UAUAAGCAUUUUAUUUGGUGGAAUUUCAUGCUCACAAUAUACUUAGCGAAAAUAGCCUAAGUUAGAAUUACUAAGGAAAUCUUUGGUUAUGGAGAACAUAGUGGUAAUGAGGUGUGGUGGCGACGCAGUUCUAACAGUGGAGCAUUUGUGUGGAAAUAUUAUGGCCAAUCGUUGGGUGAAGACAAUCACACCAGUGAUAGUGAUGUUGAUAGUUCAAAUAUCUCUAGCUGGUGUUAACAUUCUAACCAAACUAGCCUCAAAUGACGGGAUGAACUUGCAAGUGUUAGUCGCCUAUAGAUUUUGUGCUGCCGCCCUUUUCACUGUUCCACUCGCCUUGUACAUGGAUAGGAACAUCACACCCAAGCCAAAGCUCACUUGGAAAGUUCUUGGCCAGGCAUUUCUUUGCGGACUAUUAGGGGGAUCUCUCGUGCUAAAUCUGUACGUGGAGAGUCUUGUACUGACGUCUGUUACCUUCGUAGCCGCAAUUUCAAAUAUAUUACCGGCGAUUACAUUCAUCCUUGCGGUUGCUUGCAGGUUAGAAAAGGUAACAAUAAAACACCUACCCGGCCGUGCCAAGAUCGUAGGGACCUUACUAGGAAUUGGAGGGGCAAUGUUAACGACGUUCUACAAAGGAGUAGAACUGAAAAUCUGGUCAACCAAGAUCAAUUUGCUCUCCCAUAAACACGUGGAACGUCAGCAUGAUGGUCGAGAUCAAGUCAUGGGGUCCUUGAUAGCAUUAGCUGGCUGCUUCAGUUAUGCUGCUUGGUUGAUCAUCCAGGCAAAGAUGACUAAGAAUUUUCCAAGUGCUUACGGCACUACUGCUCUAAUGAAUAUGAUGGCCUGUGUCCAAGCUGUGAUAUUUGCGAUAUGUGUCGAACGAGAUCCACAACAGUGGAAGUUGGGUUGGAAUAUCCGAUUGCUCACAGUUGCCUAUUCCGGAAUAAUAGGUUCAGGAGUGAUGGUGGCCUUAAUAGCAUGGUGCAACCGCAUCAGGGGACCAUUAUUUAUCUCUAUCUUCAAUCCAGUCUCUUUGAUUGUCGUGACUUUGGCGGGAUCUCUUGUUCUCGAUGAUAAACUAUACCUUGGAUGUGUAUUAGGAGGAGUGGUAAUUCUAUUGGGCUUGUAUGCUGUCGUUUGGGGGAAAUCGAAGGACCAGAAGCCAGCGGUAGCGGCUGCCCAACCUGUCAUUGAAAGAACCUUGGUGUAAGUUGGAUUUUGAGAUGGUUGAUUUGAGAUGCUAUCUCGAGCCUUCGUGAUUUGCUGUUCCUGGUGGACGAGAAUGAGAUGGGGGAAUUGUAUUUUUUGGAAUGGUUUAGUGUAGUGAACAUUUAUAUUUUAGUAGCUUCAGUACAUAUUAAUAUAUUUUAAACAAAACA